GUAUAUUUGAAUUUUGAGCUAAAAUUCAAAACAAAUCUAAAUUCAACUAUUAAAAACAAACAAUUUAAAUAAAUAGGAAUAACGGUGUCAGUUUUAUUAGCUAUGAUUUUCUGAUUUUAAUUUCUUUUAAACUACACAUAAACCAAUUUCAAGGUUCAAAAUGAAAGUGGUAAAAUCCAAACCUUUUUUAAAAGUUUUAUUAUUCAUAAUAUAUAAAAAAAAUAAUUUGUAUUUUAUGCAAUUUACAGUAUUGUUUAAGCGAAGAUCCAAACAAACCAUGUUUUGUAAUCAAAUUAAAAUCAGUUUCCAUAAUGUUAGACUGUGGCCUAUCAGCUCACAGUGUUUUGAAUUUUUUACCUUUAUUUCCUAUUCCAGACUGGAAACCAAAUAAAGCUGCUGCAUGGAUACCUAAGAAUUUCUCUGACCCACAAAUUGAAGGGGUAUAAUAUAUUUGCUUUAAUUAUUUAUUAUAAAUACACAUCUAUUAACAAUUAGUUUUAUAGGAACUUAAUGAAUGUAUGACUAAUCAAGUACUAGUUAAUUCUGCACCAGAAUUUAUGACACCUUUAACAAAGUUGGUUGACUUUGCUGACAUUGAUGUAAUAUUAGUAUCAAAUUAUAUGACCAUGUUGGCUUUACCAUUUAUUACUGAAAAUACAGGUUUCAAAGGUGUUGUAUAUAUGACUGAACCAACUUUACACAUAGGAAAGUAUGUUAUUACAAAUAGAUAUUUAAUUAUAACCAUUUCUUUAAUUUGGAUUUUUUUUUUUAGAUUAUUUCUUGAAGAGUUAGUUGAUUUUGUUGAACAAUCACCAAAACCUAAUGUAGCUAAAUAUUGGAAAGAAAUCUUACAUUUAUUACCACCACCAUUAUGCAAUAGUUUUAAACCUCAUACUUGGAGACAAUUGUAUAGCCUUGCACAGGUUCAUUCUAGUUUGACACGGGUGCAAAUGAUUAGCUAUGAUCAAAAAAUUGUAUGACCUUAAAUACCAAUUUUUAUUUUUAAAUAUAAAAUACAUUGUUACAAAUUGAUUUAGGAAAUCACUGGAGCGUUGACAGUAACAGCAGUUAGUUCUGGUUAUUGUCUUGGUAGCAGUAAUUGGGUUAUAUAUUUGGAAAGCAAGAAAUUAGUUUAUGUUAGUAAUACUUCAACAUUAACAACUCAUCCUAGGUAUGAUAUUAAAAUCAAUCAUUUUAGAGAUUUACAAUGAUAAUUAUUUACUAAAUUAUAUGUUUCAUUUGUCUUAUUUAGGCCUAUGGAUCAAGUGAAUUUAAAAAAUGCUGAUAUUAUGUUACUAAGUAGUUUAACACAGGCGCCUGCUGCUAAUCCAGAUUCUAUGCUUGGUGAACUGUGUUUAUCAGUUGCAGUUACAUUACGUAAUAAUGGUUCAGUUCUUAUCCCUUGUUAUCCAUCAGGUGUAGUUUAUGAUUUAUUUGAGUGUUUAUCAUCUCAUUUGGACAGCACAGCUUUAGGACAGAUUCCAAUGUAUUUUAUUUCUCCAGUGGCUCAUAGCUCUUUAGAAUAUUCCAACAUUCUCGCAGAAUGGUUAGUAAUAAUAUAUUAUAUUAUUUAUAUAUAUAUAUUUUAAAAAUACAUAUGUACAUGUUUAGGCUAUCACAAUCAAAACAAAACAAAGUAUAUUUCCCAGAAGAACCAUUUCCACAUGCACAAUUAGUAAAAUCUGGUCGUUUAAAACAUUUUAAACAUGUCUAUACAGAUGACCUAUGGAAUGAUUUAAGACAAGUAAAAAUACAGUCUAAUAAAAUUUAUUUCAAACUUUAAUGUUAAUUUAUAUUAAUUUUUCUUAAGCCAUGUGUUGUAUUUUGCGGUCAUCCUAGUCUGCGAUUUGGUGACGUAGUGCAUUUUGUAGAAUAUUGGGGUACAAAUCCUCUAAACACAAUUAUAUUUACAGGUAAUAAUUAUUAACUAGAUUUUUUAUUUUUAUAGAUUUAUCGAUACAUAUACAUUCUUCUAUAAUCAUACCUUUUGUUUUAGUUAAUUGAAAGUAAUCAUCAAUUUUGAACAUUUCAGCUAUCCUUUUAUUUAUUAUAUUCAUGAUUAACAUUUGUUGAUUAUCUGAUUUUGUUUUAAUAAAUAGAUUUGGUAUCUAAAAACAUUUAAAUUUUCAUUAUAUAAUUUCGAGUUUUACUUUACAGUAAUUUACUAACUAAAAUUCAGCAAAUGAUGUUCACAUGUCUUCUAAUUUUGAAUUUAUAAAUUUACAUUCCAGAUAAAUUUAACACCGUUUAAUUAAAACAAAUAUAUAGACAUGUGAUUUACGUUUGAGAAUUAUUAUUUACGUAAUUAUUAAAAAAGAAUUAAAACUCAUACCAUUAUAUUAUUUUCUCCAGUUUUAAAUCUUAAUCAAUAUUUGUAUAUUCUUUAUCAUGUAUUGGCAUUAUUGUAAUGGUGUAAUAGAUAUGAAAAUAAAUAAUUUCAUUAUGACAUGGUGUAUUGAUACACCGUUUUAUGAAAAACAUUUUCAUAAACACCCAUUUGUAUUUUAUUAUUUUAGAACCAGAGUUUCCAUAUUUAGAAGCCUUGGCUCCGUUUCAGCCACUUUCUAUGAAAGCUAUGCAUUGUCCAAUCGAUACGAGUAUGAAUUUCACACAAGCCAAUAAAAUGAUAAAAGACCUUAAACCAGUUGUGUUAAUUCUUCCUGAGCGAUAUGCAAAUCCACCUACUGGGUUCAAUCAUAAAAAUGAAUUUGUUAUUGAUCAAGUAUGUUUACAAAUAUCAAUAAUAUAUAAUUACACAAAGUAAAAAAAUGUAACAAGUACUUGUAUCAUAUUUAGACUGAUAGGAAAGUAUUAACUAUAAAAAGAGGUGAAGUAAUAUCAGAGAAACUUGAUAUAAAAACAGUUAAUGUACCAUUCACAACAGAAAUGGUAGUUAAUAUAACUCUUAAUGAAUUACAAUCAGGAUUAAAAGCAUCAAAAUUUACAGCUAUUUUGGAUACAAAAGAUAAUAAGUAUAAAUUAGAUGUAUGUGUAAAUUAAUUUUUAGUAUAGUAUAAUUUCAUAGUACCUAUUGAUGUAUUUUUUUUUAAUAGAUUUUAAAAGAUGAAGUUUUACUAAAUAAGUCAACUGAAUCUGAAUUUGAUUUAUCAAAAACAUUAAUUAAUAAAACUUACGAAUGGGGUCAGCUGGAUAUAGAUAGAUUUUUACGAGCAUUGACAAAUGAAGGAGUGAGUGAUCCCAAAAUUGAACACAAUACACAUGGUUACACAAUACAUCUUGUAAGUUCAGAACCAAUUGUUAUUUUAUGUUUUAUGGCUAAUUAAAAUUAAUAUUAUUUACUUACUCUUAGAAAUCAGAAGAUACAUUAAUUCAAGUGGAUGAUAAAUCUACUCACAUAUUUUGUGGAAAGAUGGAUAAGAAUUGGAGACUUAAACUAAGAACUAUUGUAAUGGACUGCCUUAAUUCUUUUUGAACACAAUAAUGAAUAAAUAAUAUUUACUAUAUAGUAGUUGUCAGGUGAAAAAUUGUAAAUACUAGUAAAGUACAUAACAAAUUACUUUAUAAAUAUUUACUUCAUCGCCAAGAAACAUACUACAUUUAUUUUACAAAUUGCCAAUAACACAAAAUAUAUUUAAUUAGACACCAAUUCAAUUUGUUUGUAUUUUUUUCGAAAAUUUGAAACAGAAUCUUUGAACAAUAUUGGAUCUAAUCUCACAUAUGACUGAAGCAAUGGCAUAUAACCAAAAAGUGCUACAAAAGUAUUUAAACAAGUUUGUCUUUGCAUAAAGUGGUCUGGAUCAUUCCAAGGUGAUCUAAAAAAACAUAUAAAUUAAAUAAAUAUAUAAAAUAGUAUGUAA